GACAUAGCUGUGUGCCCCUGUGAGGAGUAAGGAUCACUAUAGUAACUGCGCACUACAACUCCCGGCGUCCUCUGCGCGGAGCUGACGUCAUCACCCGGGGACGGCUCCUGAGGCGGCAGCGGCGGCGGUACUGGGGUGAUGGCGGACCCGAUGAAUGUGGGGGUGAACCUGGAGGCCUUCUCCCAGGCCAUUCACUCCAUCCAGGCCCUGCGCUCCAGCGUCACCCGGGUCUUUGACUGCCUGAAGGAUGGGAUGAAGAACAAGGAGAGCCAGGAGGCCCGGGAGAGAACGUUCAUCAGCGAGUUCCAGGACAACCUGCACUCCGUCAACCGGGACCUCAAUGAACUGGAACGUUUGAGCAACUUGGUCGGAAAACCGUCCGAAAACCAUCCGCUCCAUAACAGCGGCCUCCUGAGCCUGGACCCCGUCCACGACAAGACCCCGCUGUACAGCCAGCUGCUCCAGGCUUAUAAGUGGUCCAAUAAGUUGCAGUACCAUGCUGGCCUCGCCUCUGGCCUCCUGAACCAGCAGUCCCUGAAACGCUCCGCCAACCAGAUGGGAGUGUCCGCAAAGAGGAGACCCAAGGCUCAACCCACGACCCUCGUCCUGCCGCCUCAAUACAUUGAUGAUGUCAUCACCCGUAUUGACCGCAUGUUCCCGGAGAUGACCAUCCACUUAUCAAGACCUAACGGGACGUCCGCCAUGUUGCUGGUGACCCUGGGUAAAGUGUUGAAGGUGAUCGUGGUGAUGCGCAGCCUCUUCAUCGACCGCACCAUAGUGAAGGGCUACAACGAAAAUGUCUAUACUGUAGACGGCAAGCUGGACAUAUGGUCAAAGUCAAACUAUCAAGUCUUCCAGAAGGUCACAGACCACGCCACAACAGCUUUACUGCAUUACCAGCUGCCACAGAUGCCCGACGUGGUGGUGCGAUCCUUCAUGACCUGGUUAAGAAGUUACAUCAAGCUGUUCCAGGCUCCGUGCCAACGCUGCGGAAAGUUCUUGCAGGACGGCCUGCCACCCACGUGGAGGGAUUUCCGCACUUUAGAGGCCUUCCAUGAUACCUGUCGGCAGUAGAACAGAAGUAACGAUCAAUGGGAUAUUGAGGGGGUGGGGGGGGGGGGUGUAAGGGUCAAUCCAGAUCCAACUUUAUGGUAUUUUAUAAAGUACUUUUUUUUGGACCGAGAUGAAGCUAUCUGCAGCGCCCGGGGUACGCGGACCUUGGAACUUACACAGACGAGACUUACAACCCUUGGUGGAAGCUGUUAACGUUCGCACGUGCUUCACGCCUUGGGCAUCGCUCUGACAUUUGGAAACCGUUCAGACCUCGGACUCAAGGGGCGCUGGCAAUUUGAUGGUUUGUACAUCUGGUCUCGUGGCUUAUUAAACUCCGGCUCCUGAAGAGAUCAUGAAAAUGUUGACAUUUUUGAUCAUUGGCCGCCAGUUGGUGUUUUGUAAAAAAAAAAAAAAUUCUUGAUGUUCUUCUAGUUUUUGAUUGAUUUAUAUAUAAAUAUAUUACAUAUUUUUUCAGCUUUCAAUAAAAAAAACUAUUUGGCGGA